AUGGGGUACGUGGUCGGAAAUAUCUACAUCAUUACCGCAGUGGCCGUCAUAGGCGGUGCACUGUUUGGUUUUGACAUUGCUUCUAUGUCGGCCAUUCUUGGCACCCAGCAGUACAAAUGUUUCUUCAACCAGACCGGUCACAAUGAUAAGGGAGACUGUGGUGGUCCAACCUCGUCCACACAGGGUGGUAUCUCCGCAGCCAUGCCAGGUGGUUCCUUUGUUGGGGCUUUGAUCUCGGGUUUCAUCACGGAUUAUUUGGGUCGGAAGCGAGCCAUCCAGACCGGCUCGAUCAUUUGGUGUAUUGGAAGUGCCAUCGUCUGUUCAUCCUUUAGUAUUGGUCAACUCGUUGCCGGUCGCUUCAUCAACGGUCUAUCGGUCGGCAUUCUCAGUGCGCAGGUCCCGGUCUAUGUCGCCGAACUGGCUCAGCCCAGCAAGCGUGGUCAGGUUGUGGGGGCUCAGCAAUGGGCCAUCACCUGGGGCAUUCUGAUCAUGUUCUAUAUUUCCUAUGGCAGCAGCUUCUUAACCGGACCCGCUGCCUGGCGUCUCCCCUGGGGUCUCCAAAUGGUUCCUGCCGUCUUCCUCUUUUUCAUGUUUUUCUUACUGCCCGAGAGCCCACGUUGGCUGGCUAAGCAUGACCGUUGGGAAGAAGCUCACGAGGUGCUGGCAUUGGUUCACGCAAAGGGUGAUACGAGUGCCCCAUUUGUCUUGACCGAGCUGCAGGAGAUCCGGGAUAUGGUUGACUUUGAGCGUCAGAACGAGGACGCGUCGUACGUGGAGCUCUUCAAGGGCCAUAUGAUCUACCGUACCCACAUAGGCAUGUUCACUCAGAUCUGGUCGCAGCUGACGGGUAUGAACGUGAUGAUGCUAUACAUUACUUACGUCUUUGGAAUGGCUGGCCUCUCAGGCAAUGCCAACCUGGUUGCUUCCUCUAUUCAGUACGUGAUCAAUGUCGUAAUGACCGUGCUUGCUUUACUCUUCAUCGACCGUUGGGGUCGUCGCACUCCCCCUGCUGGUAUCAUGAAGUCGUACGGAAAGCCUGCGCAACCGGGUGGAGUGGACAAUGUCGCCGAGGAGUCUUGGGAUCUCUCUGCCGCCCCUGGAGCGGCCAAGGGAGUCAUCGCCUGCACCUAUCUGUUUGUCGCCAGUUAUGCGCCAACCUGGGGUCCCGUCAGCUGGAUUUAUCCACCCGAGCUCUUCCCCUUGCGACUACGUGGCAAGGCAGUUGCCCUGUCAACGGCCUCCAACUGGAUCUUUAACUUCGCAUUGUCGUACUUUGUGCCUCCAGCAUUUGAGAACAUCAAGUGGAAGGUAUACCUGGUGUUUGGAGUUUUUUGUUUUGCAAUGACGGUCCAUGUGUAUUUCUGCUUCCCCGAGACUGCCGGUAAGACCCUGGAAGAGGUGGAGACUAUGUUCACUACUCCAGGAAUGCGGGCUUGGAAGACCAGUGUCCAGUUCCAGCACGUUCGUCAGUUGGAGCUGGGUGCAAUUCAAUCGGAGAAGAUGACGGAAAUGCAGACGGAAUCGGCAGGAGAGAAACGCGGCCCAGCGGUGACCCAAGUGGAUUAA